CGCGAAACCCUAGUGCUCGGCACGAACCACCUAUAAAUUCCCAUCCCACCGCGCCUCCCCAAAGCCUAGAAGCCCCCUGCCUCCUGCGCCUCCACUUCCAUCGCCUCCCCAAGAUCGCAGAUCCGCUCCGGUGAGAAUCCGUCGCCAUGUCUUCCAGCGAGGUCGCCUGCACCCUUGCCGCCCUCAUCCUCCACGAUGACGGGAUCCCCAUCACUUCCGAGAAGAUCGCGACGGUGGUGAAGGCUGCCGGAAUCAAGGUUGAGGCCUACUGGCCCGCGCUCUUCGCCAAGCUCCUGGAGAAGAGGAGCGUCGAUGACCUCAUCCUUUCUGUCGGAUCUGGUGGAGGUGGUGCUCCAGCUGCUGCUGCUGCUGCCCCGGCUGCUGGUGGUGCUGCUGCCGCUGAAGAGAAGAAGGAAGAAAAGAAAGAAGAGGCCAAGGAAGAGAGCGAUGAUGACAUGGGCUUCAGCUUGUUCGACUAAGCUGUUCAAUUCCAGUUCUCCUGUGGGUUCUUCUAUGCGAAAGACUUGUCUUAUGUGCUUUUAGGUCGAAUUUUGAAGAUUUAUUAUGUUAUGCUGUUUGAGACUAAGUAUCUGUGCAAUGAGUACUGCAAAACCUCCUUGGGAUGGUCUUGUUAGAAUGAAAAUGGUUCUACAUUAUGUUUAUUGAUCUUUUGGUGCA